UGUUUUUACAGCGCAACUCACGCUUUGUCAGUCACAAACCAUGUUCGCGCUUUAAUGUCUCGCUCUGUCUCUCUCUCUCUAUUGAAUUGGGUUUUUCUUUUCCCAAUUGUAGUCCAAGAAAGUCCAUUCACACGGCAAGAAUCGUCUUUGAUUCCAAACAAGCCCGGAUUCGCACUUCUGAGUCCUUUCAAGAUCUGCAUUUCUAAUCUCCAGAAAAAUCAAGGUAGUCUCCUUUAAAGAUGAGUUUGAGCAGCAAUGGCAAGGUUCACUCCGUGGAUGCUAAUGGAGAUGUCCAAAAACCCUUCAAGAUCUUUGUGGGUUAUGAUCCACGUGAAGACAUUGCGUAUCAGGUUUGUCGCCGUUCCCUCUUGAAGCGAGCCUCAGUCCCCAUUGAGAUCUCGCCAAUUGUACAAUCAGAUCUUAGAAAGGAAGGGCUGUAUUGGCGCGAAAGAGGCCAAUUAGAGAGCACUGAGUUCUCUUUUACUCGUUUCUUGACCCCAUACGUGGCAAAUUAUGAGGGUUGGGCAAUGUUUGUCGACUGUGAUUUCCUUUACCUGGCUGAUUUGAAGGAAUUGACGGAUCUGAUUGAUGAUAAGUAUGCAAUAAUGUGUGUUCAACAUGAUUACACCCCAAAGGAGACUACAAAAAUGGAUGGGGCAGUACAAACAAUUUACCCUAGGAAGAAUUGGUCAUCAAUGGUUUUGUACAAUUGUGGGCAUCCAAAGAACAAGGUGUUGACUCCUGAAGUUGUGAAUACGCAGACAGGUGCCUUUCUUCACAGGUUUCAGUGGCUUGAGGAUGAUGACAUUGGGACUAUUCCAUUUGUUUGGAAUUUUCUUGAGGGGCAUAACAAGGUUGUUGAGAAUGAUGCUACAACAUUUCCCAAAGCAAUACAUUAUACUCGCGGAGGGCCCUGGUUUGACGCUUGGAAGAACUGUGAUUUUGCAGAUUUGUGGUUGAAUGAGAUGGAGGAGUACAUCAAGGAAGCCAAGAAGAAAGCUGAAAACUAAUUUGCAUCAGCUUGUGGCAGCCAAAGGUUUAGGUUAUUGCUUAUUAGCAUGGUUCAUUGUUUCUUCUCUAUUCGUUUUGUUGAAUAAUUAGUCAUGCAGUCUAGAUUAUGAUACUAUUUGUUGGAGUGAUAUAUGAUUCUAUUGACUUUAGAUGGUAAUUACACGUAUGUACGUUACCUUUAAUAUGUGUUGUUUGAUUGUUCAUUGCUUAUUGAGCAAUUAGAGUGUAACAAGCCGGCCAAUAAUGAAAUAUUAUCCAAUUGUUUCUAUAGCA